AACUAUGGGACAGUGUGACACAUAUCCCUCUCUUCCCCUGUGUCACUUCCCAAAAUAGAACAUCAAAACCAAACACUGAGAUCUAACACGCUCUCUUUCAUUUCACAUUGCUUUUCUCUGAAUCUGAGUUCUUAACUCGCUCUUAUCACACCCCAAUCAGAUUUUAUCCGAGUACUUUGAACCGGUGUGUUGAUUUUUCACAACUUAUGAGGAAGCUGGAUUAUGAUGCUAUCUAGUUUGAAAUAUUGGGGUUGCUACUAGUUGUUUUGGAUGGUGAAAUUGCUGCUUCAUGCCCGGUGAAUUAAGGUCUAUGCUGUGACCAGUUUUCGUUCAUAAGUGAGCAGUGAAGACUGAAAAGUACAUUUGAAUUUGUUUCACUUUCAACUGAUAAAUGUCAAGGGGUAGAUCUGAUGGAUCACAAAAGAAGCGUUUAGUUGCUUCCGUUUGUGGUGUGGCAAUCUUUCUUGGUUUUCUAUACGUGUACCAAGGAUCUAUCUUUGGUUCUCAAAAUAGUGGUUCAUCUGCACUUGAAUAUGGCAGCAAGUCAUUGAAAAGACUUGGGGCAUCAUAUUUGGGAGCAGAUGAUGAUGCUGAUGGCAAGCAAGAUGAAUCUUCAUCAAUCUUAGGGCAGGGAGAUGGGGAGGAUGAUAUCGUACCUAAGAGUUUCCCUGUUUGUGAUGAUCGUCAUUCAGAGUUGAUUCCCUGCUUAGACAGGCACCUCAUCUAUCAAAUGAGACUGAAGCUGGAUCUUUCUUUGAUGGAACACUACGAGAGACAUUGUCCUCCUGCAGAAAGGAGGUACAAUUGUUUGAUUCCUCCUCCACCUGGAUACAAGGUCCCUAUUAAGUGGCCACAGAGCAGAGAUGAGGUGUGGAAAGCAAAUAUACCACAUACUCACCUUGCACAUGAGAAGUCUGAUCAGAACUGGAUGAUUGUAAAAGGUGACAAGAUAGUGUUUCCUGGAGGAGGGACACAUUUUCACCAUGGAGCUGAUAAGUACAUAGCUUCAAUUGCAAAUAUGCUCAACUUUUCAGGCAAUAAUCUUAACAACGAAGGAAGAUUGCGGACAGUGCUUGAUGUUGGCUGUGGUGUUGCGAGUUUUGGAGCUUAUCUUCUAUCAUCUGAUAUCAUUGCAAUGUCCUUGGCACCCAAUGAUGUCCAUCAAAAUCAAAUUCAAUUUGCUCUAGAAAGAGGAAUUCCUGCAUAUCUUGGUGUCUUGGGGACUAAGAGACUCCCUUAUCCAAGCAGAUCAUUUGAACUUGCACACUGUUCUCGUUGUAGGAUUGAUUGGCUGCAAAGGGAGGGAAUACUACUCCUUGAGCUAGACCGGUUGCUUAGACCAGGAGGUUAUUUUGCAUACUCCUCUCCUGAAGCAUAUGCUCAUGAUGAAGAGGAUCUAAGGAUAUGGAGAGAAAUGAGUGCCCUUGUUGGACGUAUGUGUUGGAAAAUUGCUGCAAAGAGGGACCAAACUGUCAUCUGGCAAAAACCUCUCACAAAUGAUUGCUAUAUGGAAAGAGAACCUGGCACUCGCCCUCCUCUUUGCCAGUCUGAUGAUGACCCAGAUGUCGUUUGGGGAGUGAAUAUGGAAGCUUGCAUAACACCUUACUCUGACCAUGAUAACAGAGCCAAGGGUAGUGGAUUAGCUCCAUGGCCUUCAAGAUUGACCAGUCCUCCUCCUAGAUUAGCUGACUUUGGCUACUCAAAUGAAAUGUUUGAAAAGGAUACGGAACUAUGGCAAGGAAGAGUUGAUAAUUACUGGAAUCUGUUGAGUCCAAAAGUCACGUCAAACACACUGAGGAAUGUGAUGGAUAUGAAAGCAAACAUGGGUUCAUUUGCAGCUGCUCUUAGAGGCAAGGAUGUUUGGGUGAUGAAUAUUGUACCUCGUGAUGGACCAAACACACUUAAGGUUGUAUAUGACAGAGGCCUCAUCGGGACUACUCAUGACUGGUGUGAAGCAUUUUCAACAUACCCCAGGACUUAUGACAUGCUCCAUGCAUGGACUGUCUUUUCUGACCUUGAAAAGAGAGAGUGUAGUCCAGAGGAUCUAUUGAUUGAGAUGGACCGUAUGCUUAGGCCUACUGGUUUAAUUGUCAUAAGGGAUAAACAACAUGUGAUUGAUUUUAUCAAGAAGUACCUAACAGCAUUGCACUGGGAAGUAGUUGCAACUUCAGAUGCAAGUUCUGACUCUGACCAAGAUGGCAAUGAAGUUGUUUUUGUCAUCCAAAAGAAAUUGUGACUCACCACCGAAAGCUUAAGAGAUUCAGAAUAGGACAACCACAGCCAUAUGGCUUUUCCACUUCCACUUUCUUAUAUAUUCUCUGCUGCUACAAGGGAUCCAAAGCAUGUCCCCAAUGUUGGAAGCAGUGAACAACUUCAUUUUGUAGCAUUAUUACAUAAUAUUUAUCAAUUCCCUUCUUUUGAUUCUCAUUUUUGUGAUAAUGAUGCAAGUUAUUAUUAAGCCAUAGGCAUUAUGCUUCUAUAGGGUAUUCAUUAUUUUUCCCUUCAUUUGGGUAUGAUGUAAGCUACUUAAUAAUCAUAUUAGAACUUGUCACUUAUACAUGCAUUUUUGUGCAUGAAAUAUCAUAUUAGUUUCUUGCUU